AGGCCACCUGAAACACAACAACAUAACACACAGCAUGUCGACAUUUCAGAUACCUUCACGUAUUAAAAUCGAUAUAACCGAUAGGCGGGCACAGGAAAUUCUCUUCAACUAUCUACAAGCUCCCUCUGGAGAAAUGAGCAGUGAGGAUGGGAGUUUCGCCCACCAGCCCGCCGUGGUUAUGGACAACGGUUCGGGGAUGUGCAAGGCCGGAUUCUCCACGGAGGACACUCCCCGGGUGGUCUUCCCCUCGAUUGUGGGUAGACCGCGUCACCAGAACGUCCUGGUGGACUCACUGGUCGAUGAUUGCCUUAUUGGCGAGGCGGCAGCUCGUAAAAGGGGAAUGCUGACCCUGAGAUAUCCCAUUGAGCACGGGGUGGUCAAGAACUGGGAGGACAUGGAGAAGAUUUGGAAGCACACCUAUGAGAUGCUAAGGGCGGAUCCACUGGACCAUCCGGUGCUCCUCACAGAGGCUCCCCUGAAUCCGAAGAAGAACCGUGAGAAGAUGACGGAGAUUAUGUUUGAAAACUUUGAGGUGCCAUCACUUUACGUGGCCAUUCAGGCCGUACUUUCCCUCUACGCCACCGGACGAACUGUGGGUGUGGUGGUAGACUCCGGCGAUGGAGUGACCCACACGGUGCCCAUCUACGAGGGUUACGCCCUGCCCCAUGCGUGUUUUCGCGUGGACUUGGCUGGCCGGGAUCUGACGGACUAUCUAUGCACACUGCUCCUGGAAAGGGGUGUCAAAAUGAGCACAUCUGCAGAGCGGGAAAUCGUCCGAGAAAUCAAGGAGAAACUGUGCUACGUGUCCAUGAAUUAUGCCCAGGAUAUGGAGCAGCCAAGAACACCGGAAGAAGACCAAAGCCAACAAGAACGGGAGGAUAGCUACACUGAGUAUGAGCUGCCCGAUGGCCAAAAGAUCGGUUUGGGCAACGAGCGAUUCCGCUGUCCGGAGGCUCUCUUCCAGCCCAGUUUGCUGUGCCAGGAGGUGAUGGGCAUCCACGAGUCCACCUAUCACUCGAUCCUCAAGUGCGACUUGGACCUGCGAAAGGAUAUGUUCGCGAACAUAGUGCUCUCCGGUGGCACGACCAUGUUCCGCAAUAUUGAGCAUCGAUUCCUGCAGGACCUCACCAAAAUGGCACCCCCAUCCAUCAGAAUUAAGAUCAACGCCAGCCCUGAGCGCAGAUUUUCCGUUUGGUCAGGUGGUUCCGUACUGGCCUCACUCACCAGUUUUCAAAAUAUGUGGAUAGACAGCAUGGAGUACGACGAAGUGGGUCCAACCAUCGUCCAUCGCAAGUGUUUCUAGGCGAACAAAAAGGACAAAAGGGGGAUGGUGUUAAUUUAUUAUUUGAAUGCUGU